GCAGGUUCCUCGGCGCAUUUCUCAGCCUGACAACCACGGGGACCGUCCGCUAGUGUGCCGUAUUUGACCAAAAACCCAAACCUAUGGAAACAGCGCGAAAACAAAGGGGACACCUCUGACACGUGCUCCUUCCUCUGAGGAGUUGUUGAGAGGGAGGGAGGCCAGGGCAGAUCAUCGUGCUCCUCAUCUGCUGUCGGAGGGGCUCCAGCGGCGGAGUCAGCGUCUGAGCCAUGACUCUGAGCUCCGAGAUGUCGGAUGCCUCCAUCCUGUCCGAAGAGACCGACAUAGACGUGGUGGGAGAGGGGGAGGAUGGGGACAACCACACGCGCUCCUACGUGGAUGAAGUGGCACAGAUGCACGACGGCAUCCUCCUAGCCGGCUCUCCUCCUCCUCCGUGCCUGGACGGCUCCACCUCCUCCAGGGAGAGCUACAAGCCGGCGGGCAAGAACACCCUGGUGAAGCCCCCUUACUCCUACAUCGCCUUAAUCACCAUGGCCAUCCUGCAGAGCCCCAAGAAGAGGCUCACCCUCAGCGAGAUCUGCGACUUCAUCAGCAACCGCUUCCCUUACUACCGGGAGAAGUUCCCCGCGUGGCAGAACUCCAUCAGACACAACUUAUCCCUCAAUGACUGCUUCGUGAAGAUCCCACGAGAGCCCGGGAACCCCGGCAAAGGCAACUACUGGACCUUGGACCCUGAGUCUGCAGAUAUGUUUGACAACGGGAGCUUUCUGAGGCGCAGGAAACGCUUCAAGCGGCAGCAGGCGCAGGACUUACUGCGGGAACACAACAGCUUCAUCCCGGCCGCUGCUGCCGCCGCGUACGGCUACGGUCCGUACGGCUGCGGAGGAUACGGCAUCCAGCUCCAGUCCUACCACACUCACUCUGCACUUUUCGCUUUCCAGCAGCAGCACAGGCAUUCCCACUCACACAUCCCGGCUCCCUCUUUGAUGCCCACCUCCACGGACUUAGCUCGGACUCGCUUUUACCCCCAGCUCAGCUCCAGUCUGGGCGCAGGGAGCGCGCAGGCUGCAGCAGCCCCCACACAGAAAUCCAGCUCCCCGGUGCAGCGGUCCCCCUUCUCCAUAGAGAGCAUCAUCGGCGGCUCUCUGAGCCCGUCACGGACUUCUCCAGUCGUUGUGCCGGUUUUACCCUCCUCUUUGGGGGCUCCAGCUGUCAACCAGCCACCGAGCCACCACCCUGGAGCGGUUUUACACCCGGUGGAAAACUUUCCGAGCAGAGUCACCGGCUCCAGCGGGUGCUAAACGAAAAGUGCCAGGACUCUCGGAGCUCUUUUCCUCCUUUUUUUUACACCCAGCUGAAAACUUAAGCGACUCCUUUGGGUGUUAUUAAUAAAAGUGCCGGUGCAGCAGCGGUGAUCCCCACUCCAGGACUCCUUCCUGGGCCCUCCACAGCAUCCAAACCCUGGAGCGGUUUAUUCCCCCCUCUCUGUUGAAAUCUUUCCGAGUGUUAAAUGAAAACUUUUAACAGCAUCAAAAACAAAAAACAACCCCCAUUUGAAGGUAGGAUUAUUUUUGUACGUUUAUUUGCUCGCACGCAGCUGAAUGACGGACAUAAAGCAAACACUAUUUGUGCCUAUAUUCAUGCUGUUAAAAAGAGAUAUUUAUGUGCGUUUGUUUCGGUGUGAAUCAAACUUUUUUAAAGCACGAACUUUAUCCCCCUUGUAUCAGGGGGUGGGCAACUUGCGGCCUGGGGGCCACAUGAGGCCCAAAUCCUCACUCAUAGAGGCCAAUUUUAAAAAUGACAACUUUUACGCACGGACUUUUACGCACGGUGCAAAGAGACCAAACACUCCAGAGCUGUGGUUCUCACUAGGGGCCCACUCCCACCUUCAUAGUGACAAUCUCACACUCUUAUUUUGAAAAAUUAACCUCUCCAGCUCAUGUAAUGAAUCAUAUUUUUUACUGAGCAAAAGUUUAAUAUUGGUGCAUGCACAUCAGUGUUAAUUUUGGCAGCUAUUUUUAAUUUCAGUUUUAGUUUUAAUCUAGUUUUAGUCCAUAAAAAGUCC